CCUGUGGGUGCGGGGCUGGCACACACCGGGGUGCUGGUUCAUGCCGGCGCUCUGAACCAAGUUGCCAUGGCACUGUGCACCGUGCCGGUGACGGGGAUGAAACCGGAGCCAGCCAGGCCAUUGCGGGAACGCGCCUUCCCCAGGAGGUGCCCUGGCUCUGUCCCAGUUAGUGUGCGCCACGCCGACCUUGACGUUUUCUUGGCACUCAGAGGCUCUCUGCGCUCCAGUACCAGACCCCAGGCACCGGCAUCCAUCAUCUAGGGGGCUGCGACGCCCUCCGGGUGGUUUUCCAGCCCCAGCGGGUCUGAGGCCCUUCGGACACCCUCCGUCCCCAGCCGGAGAGCGGUGGUUUGCAGCGGCGGCGCGGCUGCAAGCGGUGGUGAUGCCCCAUCCCUCCCCUCCACGCUCUCAGCACCCUUUGCACCCAAAGAGCAAACAGCAGGCUGCUCACCCUGCCCAUGGCUUCGGAGGAGGCUGCUGACCCGGGGGCACAGCCCGCGGUCAGGAAGAAGAGCUGGAAGAAAGGGAAGGGGAAGCCCAAAGCCAGGGAAGAUGCCCAGGAGGGAGGGGACGAGGCGGCGGGGCGGGUGGCUGAGAUCGAGGGGCUCACACGAGCUGGGCGCCGGGCGCUGGCCCUGGGCGAUGCUCGGGAGGCGGUGGGGUGCUUCAGGAAGGCGCUUCUCCUCUCCGGGGGCACGGCGAGCUCCCGGCUCCGCAGGGCUUGUGCCUUCAACCUGGGGGCUGCCUACGUGGAGACCGGCAAGCCCAAAAAGGGCCUUGAGUUCCUUCUCCAGUCCCAGCCCUCGGAGGGAGAGAGCGAGGAGCACUUGGGGGACCUUUAUUUCAACAUCAGAGCGGCUCACGAAGGGCUCCGGGACUUUCCGAAGGCUCUGGAGUAUCUCGGCCAAGCUGCUGGCCACAACCACGCGGCGCAGGCUGGCCCCCGAGCCGGGACCCACGUGCAGAUGGGCUGCUGCUACCUGGGCAUGCGGGAGCCGGCGCGAGCCGCGCGUUGCUUCUUGGAUGCCGCGCGGACCUACGCAGCGGCCGCGAGCCCUGAGGCUGCCGCGGUGGCUCUGAGCAGGGCGAGCGGCUCCAUGCUGCAGAGCCGGCGGUUCAAGGCGACGGAGAUCGCGGGGGUCCUCGCCCAGUGCCGCUCGCUCUGCGAGAGCAUCCCCGACCCAGCCCUGCGAGGGAAACUCUACAACGACAUCGGCCUCGGUUACUCCCAGCUCUGCAUCUUCUCCCUGGCUGCCGAGAGCUUCGAGCAGGCCCUCGCCCUCUGCAGCGGCGAGCCAGACCGGCGCAGGGAGGCUGCGCUGCUGCAGAACCUGGGGGCUGCCCACAACGCCCUGCGCAGCUUCGGCACAGCCCUGGGCUGGCACCGGCGAGCGGCGGCACUGCACAGCGCUCUAGGGAACCGGAGGGCGCAGGGGCAGUGCUUCGGUAACCUGGCGUACACCUGCAGCCGGCUCAGGAACCACGAGGCUGCCGCAGAGAACUACCUGCACGCCUUGCAAGCCUUCCGGGACUCGGGAGACGUGCAGGGGCAGUGGCAAGCAUGCGAGGGGCUGGGAGAAGCCUGCUUCCGCCUGGGAGACCCCCAAAACGCCAUCAAGCACUACAAGGAGGCCCUGACUUUGCUCUCCCACUGCCAGGACGCCCCCGGGGCUGCCCGCGAGCGGGUCGUGCGCAAGCUCGCCGACGCCAUCCGGCACCGGCUCUGCCUCCGCAGCCGCCCCUCCUGCAAGGGUGGCUGGGCGCCCGCCCCAGCGCCGCAGGACCCCGUCCAGCUGCAGUUUUGCUCCACGCUGCCCCUCACCAGCGAGGCACGGCUCCAGGGGAGCGAGGUGUGA